ACGCGCGCGCACCGAGCCGUCGAGCUAAUUCGACUUUUAUCCGCCUUGUUAAACCGUUUAAAUCCAUAUUUUUGCAUCGUUUUUUUUUUACUAAAUAAAAAAUAUAGAUAUAUAAACUUUAAAAAAAAUCCAUAUUUGCACGAAAUAAAUAGCGGUGUUUGUCCUAUAUUCAUACGAAGACAUUCAAACGAAAGCGCGAGCCGGUUUGACGGUGUGUCAACAGCGCGAGACAGAGUUACACGCUUUUAUUAGGGAUUUAUUAUAUUUUAUAAACUUGCAAAAUACUUUAAUUCGAUUCUAAAAAAUUGCACUGGUAAUAAGGAAAUAAUUGCACACGCAUUUUGUAGGUAAAAGUCCGUGUUUCCUAUUGCACACUGGUAUAAAUCAUGGCGCAAUAUCUCGAGGAUCCGGCGUCGCUCACUAAAGAGAAACUGAAGAGUGAGUUAAUGGCCAAUAAGGUUCCUCUGCCCAGCGCUGACAGCAAGAAAGACGUGUAUGUUCAGCUGUAUCUGAAGAACCUGACCGUGCUCAACAAGAAGAACCCUCCUGCGGACACUUUCUCCAGUGAUGACGACACAGCUCCGGUACUGUCCAACAGGAGCCGCUCUGGGAAGAAAGCCACAAGAAAGACAGAGAGAGUUUGGGCCGACCAGAAGGAUGUUUUCGGUUUGACUGAUGAAGAAUUGAAGGUCCAGCUUUUAAAAUAUGGGGUCAACUCCGGGCCGAUUGUUGCAUCUACGCGUAAAGUGUACGAGAAGAAACUUCAGCGGCUCCAGGAACAGCCUCCGUCGGAGACCACACUACCCGAACCUGAGACCACCGUCCCAGAGACCGUCACCAUCAAGCCAGAUGGAAACCAGAACGGAAACACACAUUCAGCAGAAGAUCAGUACAGCGACAAAGAAGGAGAAGUUGAGUCAAUCCCAGAACCUCCCAUAGCAACUAAGCCGGUCCGGAGCAGAGGAAAAACUCCAGUCACCACCAGGACCAGCAGCCGACAGCGCACCAAACAGGUGGACGAAACGGCAUCUGCUGAUGUUCAGGAAUCAACUGUGGACGGAGAAGAUAUUUUAAAGAACAUGUUCCCUAAUGAACCUGCCACGCCCACUGGAAUAAUGGCCACGUGUCGGAGACCGAUCCACGGUGCGGCUGGACGUCCCGUGAAGCCGUUGAAUCUCUGGUCUGAGGAACCCCUCCUGCAGCAGAACGUUUACACGGCGACCAAAUCGUCUGUCACGGACAUUUGCGCUUCAGCACCUGCAGUGCGUCCUCGAUCCCGCUGCUCGUUCUCCUUCUGGUUGAUGCUCCUGACGCUCCUUGCACUGGCUGCGUCACUGUACUACAUCUUCCAGAAUGCCACGGCCGACCAGAUCAGCACCUGCCAGCUCUUCGUCCAGGACAAUGUCAUCACUCCCAUCAUCAAUUACAUUAGUUGGGAAAGCAAAUGAGCGCCGCCCGUCUGUCGACUCGCGCUUCAGCAUGCAUUUACUGUCAGACUGAAUUUUCUAGUUUCGCUGGUCCUUUAAGGAGCAACGCAUCGUCAGGGUGUGGGGGGGUGGGGGUGUGUGUUAAUGCAGUUCGACUUAGCAGUCGUGUCUAGAGGUCGACCGAUAGUGGAUUUUGCCGAUACAUAAGGUGGCGGAAAAGGCCGAUAACCGAUUAAUCGGCCGUUAGUUUUUAAAAUUGAUUUAUAGAAAAAUCAAUAAGAAGAACAUUUUAUUCUUUCUUUAUUAUAAAGACAAAAGUCCAAAGUGAAUAAAAUCCCAGAUGCAUUUUUUUUGUGCAGCUAAAAUCCUAAUAAUAAACUAGACAAUUAUAAAGAUUUGAUACAGAAUGGCAUGCGUGACUUAUAAGUAUAAACAAGCCUGAAACACACUGGGGACUCUUAUUUUGAAAUGAUGAAAAUAAUAUCGGUAACUCUCAACAGAUAUUUGCCGAUAACCGAUAGUUCUAAAUAGCAACUAUCGGCACCGAUUAAUCGGUAAAACCGAUAUAUCGGUCUACCUCUAGUGUCUAUAUAGACUCGUGUUUUUAGUUACGUAGUCUUUAAACUCUGUGUGCAUCGUCUGUCAAUCUUGCUUUCGGAUUUUACUGUUUUGUAGCAUAUGAAACGACGUAUAGAGAUGUAGGUUUUUAUGAUUGAUAAUAGUAAAUCUUUUGCCACAGUACACCAGCAAAACAAAACAAGUUUUUUUUCUAACUGUUUGAGUAAAGUGCAACAUAUGGCCCACAAGAGCACAAUUUGGUUUGACACGUCAAGUUUGGAAUGGGAAAAACCUGAAGCUGAAUGUCUGAAAAAAAAAUGGUUUUAAGUGUUUUCAACUUUUUUUUCCGGCUGACAUUUUAGAGUUGCUAAUGAGACCAAACAUGUAUUUUUAUUUUUUAUUUAUUUUUUAAAGCGCUCUAAUAUAGUAGGUUGUAUCUAAUAAACACAUGUAUGAGAAGUAGUUCACCCUGAAAUCAAAAAAAAAAUUUUUUUAAAGGGGCCAUUCAUAUUUUUAUUUUCUAUUAUUUCUUUAUUUUUAAUUUUGGAUGACAUUUUCAUGAUGAUUAAGCACUUUUUCUUCCCAAGAUUUUACUAGUGUAAUGUAAUGAUUAAAUCUCGUACAAAAUGCGUUAAUUAAAAUCAUCCUGUCUGGACUGAAUGUAUUUAGAUUAUUAUCAUCAUCUUAAAUGUAAUUCAUUAGAACAAAUACUACCUUGACAUAUACUUACAACUGUUUAUUAUAAAGGUAUAAAAUUUUUAUUUUAUUUUUUUACUAUUUAAAUAUUUUGUAAUUAUUGUGGUGCUUUAACGGUGAGAUUUUGCACAUUAUUAUAAUAAUUUUGGUCGGAAAAGUGCUUAAUUUUCUUGAAAAUAAUGUCACAAUGCAAAAUCCUUAAUGGGACUGAAAAUUGGACAUUGCUUUUGAAUCAAAUAUUAAUGUUUAUUUUUUUUUAUUUACAUUUUAGGGUUUAAAUAUGCCACGACCGCUCUGUAGCAUUUGAUUAAUUGAUUUGUACCUUUGAAAACUACUUUACCACCAGAUCUGACGAUGUUUGGUUUUAGAGGCAUAAAGAUAUUUAUUUUUAUCUAGAGCUUGAACAAAACCAUUCUCUUAUUCGCCUGAAAGUCCAGUGUAGCAAAUGAAGCUUUAGCUCUGGUGAAAGACAGCCUGUUUUUUGUUUGUUUGUUUUUUUUUAUAGAUGAUGACGACUCAGUAAAUGUGUUUGUGAUGUUAUCAUAAUGUGAUGUGGCAUUAUAGCAGGGGCAGAAGGGCGACACGGGGUGGCCACCCUAAAAAUGAGCUUUCCACCUGAACUCGGACCCGGCUCGCGCCCUUGAGUCGGUGCACACCUGCUUAACCUGUCCGUGUCGCGCAUGGUCCAUAACAACAUUACCCCCUUACUCGACCUUGCAACCCCUUGCCCCUGCAUUAUGGCCGAUAACAUUUUUAAAACACCUAAUACUGGUAAAUACUACCAUUGACCUUUUCUUAUUAUUGUCUGUAAUUAAUCUGUGAUUGCUCAAACAGUGGCACUCAUCUGACUACACUAUGAAUUAUUUUCUUUACUGUGAUUUUUUAAUGAAACAUUUACGCAUGUAUUUGCUAACUAUGGAGUAUCUGUCUUCAUGCAGAGAAAUACAUUUGCGUUCAUUUUCCAGUCCACAGGGGUUUCUUUUUAUAUUUUACUGUCAGUUAAAUACUUUAUAACUGCAAUAUUUUUCUAAUGUCUUAAAAAAAUUAAAAAAACAUUUAUUUUAAAACAAGGUGGGUUACUUUGAAAUGUACAUAAACAACAGUAAAUCCACUACUAACAUUUUAGUUUUUGUGUGCCAUGUCUUAAUGUGGUGAAAUGGCAUAAAAUAAGUCAAAUUUGCACUAUGUAUUUUAGGCAGCUAACUGUGGAAAAUUGUUUUUUUGGAUUAAGUUGAUAAUUGACUGUUGAUUCAGUGCAGUACUUGUGUGAAAUAAAAGAGGUGAC